GAAGUUUGUAUAAAUGUACAUAUCUUUCACUCUGCUCUAUCUAGCAAGUAGUUCCAGCCAAAAUUAUUCUAAAUUUUGGAGAUUUUCAAAGAAGGCAACACAAAUCACCAAGGGAAUGAAGACAGGACCACUUGAGUCUGGUGAAUCAUCCAGUGAUGCAACCCCGGCAAAAUUGAUGAUCAGUGUGGUUGCUGUACUAGACUUCAUGCUGAGAAUCCUUGCUGCCGCAGGAACACUAGGGAGUGCUAUGGCCAUGGGGACUACUGAAGAAACAGUUCCAUUAUUCCCUCAAUCCAUCCUAUUGAAUGCCGAAUAUAGUGAUCUUCCCAUGUUCACGUUCUUUGUGAUCGCCAAUUCAGUUGCCUGUGCCUAUCUUGUGCUUUCUCUUCCCCUAUCUUUCUACCACAUUAUCAGGAGAGCAGCCAAAAGCAGUCGGAUCAUCUUGGUCAUGUUUGACACGGUAAUGCUGGCCCUGGUCACUGCUGGAGCUUCUACUGCUGCAGCCAUUGUCUAUUUAGCACACAAGGGGAAUGCUAAUGCCAAUUGGUUUGCAAUUUGCCAACAAUUCAACUCCUUCUGCGAACACACUUCUGGAUCGUUGAUAGGCUCUUUUGCUGCAGCAUUUGUGCUCAUACUGAUAAUCAUUACAUCAGCCAUUGCUAGCUCUCAAUGGUGAUCCCAAAUAACAGUGAAAGAGUGCAUCUCUAUGUAUAUAUCUAUAUAUUUUCUAGUUUGAGUCUGUAUUUGUCUUGCUGGUUUGAGGGCUUUUAUUUAAUCUAAUAUUCAAACUUAGUCUGCAA